CCAUUGUUUCUGUGGUGUGGCGUCGUUUAGCAGCAUUUCCCGUCGACUUUGUCGACUUCUUUCUUUCAACUAAAUUUGUGCAAACAGUUCAUAUCGCUAUCAAAAGUUAUCCAUCACAAACAUCAAACGUACAUCCGCCAUGGAAGAACAAAACAAACCCGACACCACGAACGUUAAAGUCGAAUCCUCCACCAACGAUAAUGGCGGAGCAGUGAGUACCCCAGAGAAAUCAAACAACUUCGACAGGGACAGAAACACGGAAGGAACCGGCGAACGCUUCGGCAGAGGCGGCCGAUUCGGCGGCCGAGGCGGAGGCCGAGGCAACCAACGCGGAGACGGAAGAAAUUUCGAAAACAGACGCGGGGGCCGCGGCCCCAGAGACGGCGGCAGAGGCCCCAGACAGGACUUCCAUCAGGAGGGCCAAGAAGGCGGUGACGGCGACAGAGACAGGUCAGACAGGGGGCAGAACGACCGCGGGCAAGGCGAUAGGGGCCAGGGGGACCGCGGGCAAGACAAUAGGGGUCAGGGGGACAAUAGGGGCCGCUACGGCAUGCGCGGCCCUGAAGACUACUUCAAUGAUCGUGUGCAGCAGUUAUCUGGGCCUACGUUUGAUUUGCCGCCGGUGGAUAUGGCCGAGAAGAAAUUCAAUGGUAGGAAUCGGUUGUAUGUGGGGAAUAUCGGUACAGAAGUGUCUGAGGAUGAGCUGAAUGAGUUGUUCAAGAGCUUCGGGGAAACUUCCGAGAUUUUUGUCAACACACAGAAGAAUUUUGGUUUUAUUAAGCUGGAUUAUCAUUGUAAUGCUGAGAGGGCUAAGAGAGAGCUAGAUGGGACUGUGUUCAAGUCCCGUAAUCUGAAAAUCAGGUUUGCUCCUAAUUCUGGUAGUGUUAAAGUCAAGAAUCUUUCAUCUAUGGUGUCCAAUGAGUUAUUGCAUUAUGCUUUCUCUGUGUUUGGGGAAAUUGAAAGAGCAGUUGUUACAAUUGAUGAAAGAGGUAGGCCUACAGGAGAGGGUUUGGUUGACUUUGCAAGAAAAGGUGCUGCUUUGCAAGCUAUCAGAAGAUGCAGUGAAAGCUGCUUCUUCCUCACUGGAUCUCUCAGACCUUGCAUAGUUGAGGCAUACGACGUUGUGGAUGAUAAUGACGGGUAUCCAGAAAAAAAUGUCCCUAAAAAGAACAUGGAGUUCCACAAGGAGAGAGACCAAGGCCCAAGAUUUGCCAACCAUGGCACUUUUGAGCAUGAGUAUGGCAUGCGUUGGAAGCAACUCUUUGACUUGCACACUCAAAAAGAAGAGUCCCUGAAGAAAGAAUUGGAGCUGGAAAAAGAAAAACUAGAGGCUCAGAUGGAGUAUGCCAAGUAUGAACACGAAACUGAGCAGUUGAGAGAACAGCUGAGAGCCAGAGAAAUGGACAAAGACAGGCAAAAACGUGAACUGGAAAUGAAGCAAAGACUAGUGGAGGAAGAGAAAAUGCGCUCAGAAAAGCAAAUGAGAGAGAUGGAGAGCCGUUUGCUGCACCAGCAGGAAGAGCAAAGGCGUAGGCAGCAGGACAACAGCUUGUUCAUGCAAGCCCACAAUUUGGACUCUCUGUUGGAGCAGCAAGAGCAGGCUUUGCAGGCCUAUGAUCAGCCAACUGGGUACAGCCAUGGGGUUGUUGAAGACAGCCCCACUUUGGACCCAAAGUCUUUUAUGAGCAUGUAUGAGCAGGACAGUGGGAACAGAUUUGAGGGUAGGAGUAGCUCCUCCAGAGGGGGCUCUGAUAAUAGGGGGCACUGGGUGAGUGAGAAUCGCAGGGGAGGGGAGGAUUAUCCCACUAAGAGGCGCAGGUUUUGAGACAAGAAGGCAUUCCCCAACUUUGAUCUUUAACUUUGGUAACUAUUUCAUGAUUGUCAAAAGAUUCUGUUUGAUUGCUGGUUGAGUUUUCAUGUGUUUUUUAACUUGGUCUUGGUGGGGAGGGGAGGUAUCAAAAUUCAAUGAAAUUAAUUAAUCACUUGGUUGGUAAUCUUUUAUUCAAUACAAAAACAAUGACAAACAAUUAGUGGAAUGGAAACCCCACAAAAUUGCUGGCCAUGAAAAAAAUACCAACAAGGAAAUACUGCAAAAUUUGACUACACAG